AUGCAGUAUCCUCGUCUGAGGAUUCACUUGGGUGGUGUUGGUAAAGAUGUAUCUUACUGUGACAAAGUUACAUUUACUGUUAGAAACAUGUUCCGAGAUAUGCUUAUGAAGGAGAAGCCUGGUCUUACUGCUUCCAAGGCUAGGAGAGUUGGGAAAGUCCAAAUGGGUAAUCGUCAUAAGCGUGGAAGCAGAGAAGAUUCGUCCAGCAAAAGUGUUUCUUCUCCUGAGAAGGAGGAUACAAGCGGUAUGGAUGCUAAUAAGAAGGAGUUGUUGUCCCAAAAGAGCAUUGCUCGCUUCUUCUAUGAGAAUUGCGUCGACUUUUCAACUGUGGACUGUCCGAUUUUCAGAGAGAUGAUGACUCUAAGCGGUGUUCAGAUGGGGGUUAAGUUCCCUAGUUCUCAGGACUUGAAUGGGUGGAUGCUUCAAGAAGCAUUACAAGAAGUGGAAGACAAUGUCAAGAAGAUCAAAGAUUUGUGGAAGGUCACAGGUUGCAGCAUUUUGUUGGAUGCUUGGGUUGACGAGAAAGGCCGUGAUCUUGUUGCUUUCGUUGCAGAUUGUCCUGCAGGUCCGGUGUAUCUGAAGUCCUUUGAUGUUUCUCAUAUAAAAAGCAAUGACACUGCGUUAAUGUCGCUAGUAGAUGGGCUUGUUGAGGAAGUUGGAGUGCAUAACGUUGUUCAGAUCAUUGCUUAUUCAACCUCUGGCUGGGUUGGUGAGUUAGGAAAGUCUUUUGUGAGCAACAACGUAAACGUUUUCUGGUCUGUGAGUGUAUCCCACUGCUUCGAACUAAUGCUGGUGAGAAUUGUGGAAAUGUAUUCCUUUGAAGACAUAGUUGAUAAGGUCAAUAAGAUUACAGAGUUCAUCAACAGCAAUCCCUUGGUUUCGAAGCUUGUCAGAGAUCAGAGUCAUGGAAUAGACAAGACAGUUUCCUCCUCCGAGUUUGAGUUUGUUAAGCCGUAUCUAUCUCUAGAGAGUAUUUUCAUGGCGAAGAACGACUUGGCAGCCAUGUUUGCUUCAUCUGAUUGGAGCAAAGAAGAAGGCAAAACAAUGACCAAAUUGAUGAAUGAUUUCUCUUUUUGGGAAACUGUUGAGAGAGUUGUGAAAUGUACAUCUCCUCUCAUUCGCGGUCUGCUCUUGUUUACUUCUGCCAACAAUCAGCAUGUUGGAUAUAUCUAUGACAUUAUGGAUGGCAUAAAGGAGAGUAUAGCUAAGGAAUUCAAUCACAAGGAAAAAUGUUACAAGCCGUCAUGGGAUGUGAUUGACGAUGUGUGGAACACACACCUUCACAGUCCUCUGCAUGUUACCGGUUACUUUCUAAACCCCGGUGCUUUCUACUCCGGUGAUUUCCAUUGUGAUCCAGAAGUUACCACCGGUUUUAUCUCCUCUCUAGCUCGUAUGGUUAAAGAAAGUCACAUUUUAGUUAAAGUCUCUACACAGCUUGAAAUGUACAGACUCGGUAAAGGUUGCUUUAACGAAGCCAGUGAAGCUGAUGAGAUAUCUGAAGUCUCUCCAGCUGAGUGGUGGGGUCAAAAGGCGAGCCAGUACCCGGAACUGCAGAGUUUCGCCAUUAAGGUUCUGAGCCAGACAUGUGAAGGUGCUUCAAGGUACAAGCUAAAGAGAAACUUAGCAGAGAAGCUGCUGCUCACUGAAGGAAGGAGCCAGUUUGAACAACAUCAACUGGAAAAGUUGGCGUUUGUUCAUUACAAUCUUCAUCUACAAAGCUGCAAAGCCAAACUAAGUGGAAAGCAGUAA